AUGCUGAACGAGUACGAAAAAGACCCCGGAUGGCAGUAUCUGCGCCAUUCUCGCGAGAAAUUGCUUGAAGUAAGUUGAUCAUCCAUUUGUGGAAAUGACAGUUUUUCAAAUUAUUAAUCUUGUUAUCAAUUAAACACAAGUGAUCUUACCCAGUAGUUUCUGUUAUGUGAUACUGUAUCAUUUACACUGUAAUUUUACUGAUUUCAGUUCCAAAGCAAGCCUUAUGAUUCCAAGAAGAACGUUUGGAUUCCAGAUGCUGAAGAAGGUUACCUGGCUGCUGAAGUCAAGGAAGCCAAAGGUGACAAUGUAGUUGUAACUGCCAACGGCGGCGAGGUAAAUAUCUUGCCAAUAUAUGCGUAAUUUGUAAAAAUAUUAUGCUUAUUUUGAGCCUAUAAGAUGCAACUUAACUAUAACAUUGUUUAAUGAGUAUGACAUUUAUAGUAAUCACUUUUUAGAGAACCGUCAAAAAGGACCUGAUUCAAGAAAUGAAUCCCUCCAAAUUCGAAAUGAACGAAGACAUGUCCAACCUGUCCUUCUUGAAUGACGCUUCCGUCUUGCACAACUUGAGAUCCCGUUAUGCCACUAUGUUGAUCUACGUAAGCGUAAACUGAUCUUUUUGGUCAUACUUACACAAUUUGAUAGUACUUAUUAUUUUACACGUUUUAUUGUUGUAAACAUACCCAUUUGCAGACAUACUCUGGUUUGUUCUGCGUAGUAAUCAACCCCUACAAGAGAUUACCCAUCUACACCGACUCCAUGGCCAGAAUCUUCAUGGGAAAAAGAAGAAACGAGAUGCCACCUCAUCUUUUCGCCGUCUCUGACGAAGCCUACCGUAACAUGUUGCAGAAUCACGAGAACCAAUCCAUGUUGAUCACAGGUGAAUCUGGAGCCGGAAAGACCGAGAACACCAAGAAGGUAAUCUCCUACUUCGCUUCUGUUGGUGCUGCUCAAGCUGAAGCCUUGGGUUUGGCUCCGAAAGGUGACGAAGGAGGAAAGAAGGUUACCCUCGAGGACCAGAUCGUCCAGACCAACCCCGUCUUGGAGGCCUUCGGUAACGCCAAGACCGUCCGUAACAACAACUCUUCUCGUUUCGGAAAAUUCAUCAGAAUCCACUUCAACAAGGUCGGAAGAGUCGCUUCUUGUGACAUUGAACAUUGUGAGUUUUAAUUCAUAUACAUUCGAUAUUUAACAGUAUAUUACAUAUAGCUUUAUAUUGUAUAUAUAGUAUAAUAUUAAUUUUUUACUCGUCAGAUCUUCUUGAGAAGUCUCGUGUCAUCCGUCAAGCUCCUGGAGAACGUUGUUACCACAUCUUCUACCAGAUCUUCUCCAAUUACAAACCCGAGCUCAAGGAGAUCCUCAAGUUCACCAAACCGCUUCCCGAGUACUGGUUCGUUGCUCAAGCCGAAUUGACCAUCGAUGGCAUGAACGAUACUGAGGAGUUCGCUCUCACUGACGAAGCCUUCGACGUACUUAACUUUAACGCGGAAGAGAAGCUGGACUGUUACAAACUCAUGUCUGGUAUCAUGCACAUGGGUAACAUGAAGUUCAAGCAGCGGCCACGUGAAGAACAGGCCGAAGUAGAUGAAACUGAAGAAGCCGGAUAUGCUGCUGACAUGUUUGGAGUUGGAGUCGACGAGAUGUUGACUGCCAUGAUCAAGCCAAAGGUCAGAGUCGGUACUGAAUGGGUGGCCAAAGGUCAGUCAGUCGAACAAGUCAACUGGUCUAUUGGUGCCAUGGUCAAGGGUUUGUAUGCCCGUGUGUUCCACUGGCUGGUAACCAAGUGUAAUAUGACUCUCGAUCAGAAGGGUCUUACCCGAGAUCACUUCAUCGGUGUGCUGGAUAUCGCCGGUUUCGAGAUCUUCGACUUCAACUCCUUCGAGCAGUUGUGGAUCAACUUCGUAAACGAGAAGUUGCAACAGUUCUUCAAUCACCACAUGUUCGUACUCGAACAGGAAGAGUACGCUCGUGAGGGUAUCCAGUGGACUUUCAUCGAUUUCGGUCUUGACUUGCAAGCCUGUAUCGAGCUGAUUGAGAAGGUGAGUUUGAAAUGACAUUACAUACUAAACAAUCUUCUAUGCACAAUAUAAUAUAAUAAUUAAACGUUUCAGCCCAUGGGUAUCAUCUCCAUGUUGGACGAAGAAUGUAUCGUUCCAAAGGCUACUGACCAAACUCUAGCCCAGAAACUGCUUGAACAACAUCUUGGCAAACACCCCAACUUCGAAAAGCCCAAGCCACCAAAGGGCAAACAAGCGGAAGCUCACUUUGCUAUGCGCCAUUACGCCGGUACAGUAAGAUACAACGUCUCCAACUGGCUAGAGAAGAACAAGGACCCUCUAAACGAUACCCUUGUAGCCAUCUUGAAAGCUUCUAAAGGUUGCAAACUCUUGAACACCGUCUGGGCUGACUACCAAACCCAAGAAGAAGCCGCCGUCGCACAAAAAGCCGGAGGCAAGAAGAAGGGAAAGUCCGGAUCCUUCAUGACAGUCUCCAUGAUGUACAGAGAAUCCUUGAACAAGUUGAUGACUAUGUUACACACCACCCAUCCCCACUUUAUCCGUUGCAUCAUCCCCAACGAGAAGAAGCAGUCUGGUAUGAUCGACGCCGCUCUGGUACUCAACCAGCUGACCUGUAACGGUGUACUUGAAGGUAUCCGUAUUUGCCGUAAAGGUUUCCCCAACAGAUCCAACCACACUGACUUCUGCCUCCGCUACGCUGUUUUGGCCGGAGAAGAAGCUCGCGCUCACAAAGAACCCAAGGAUUCAGCCAACGCCAUUCUGGCGAAGCUCGUAGCCCAGAAGAAGAUGGACGCUGAUGAGUUCCGUGUUGGUCACACCAAAGUCUUCUUCAAAGCCGGUAUCUUGGCCAAGAUGGAGGAUCUUCGUGAUGACCGUAUGAACGAAGUCAUCGGAGGCAUCCAGGCCUACUGCCGUGGUUACUUCGCUUCAGUAAGUUUUAAACAGUAGACAAACCUAUAUAUCGAACCAAUUCAUUACUAACAUUAUGAUUCCAGGUUGAAUACGGAAAGCGCAAACACCAGGCUGAUGCUUAUCUUAUCAUCCAGAAGAACAUCCGAUCCUGGUCGGUCCUCAGAAACUGGGAAUGGUACCAAAUCUACGGAUUCAUCCGCCCUCAACUCAAGGGCAACAAGGUCGCCGAAGAGAUGGAGAAGGCCAAAAAGGAAUUGGCCGCUAUGGCCAGCCAGCUGAAGAAGGAGGAAGAAGCCAGAAAGGUGGUCGAAGCCGAACACAAGAAGUUCGCAGACGAAAGAGCCAAGUUGUUGGAAGAGAUGGAGCUCUCCAAGAGUGGUGGUGCUGCUAUUGAAGACAAGAUAAGUUCUCUUUCCGCAGCCAAAGCCGAACUCGAACGUGGUGCCAAUGACCUCAAGGACCGUUUGGCCGAUCAAGAAGCCAGAACCGAAGAAACUCAACGCAACUUGAGAAGAGUAGAGAAGGACAAACAGAAUCUGAAUGAACAAAUCUCGAACCUAGAGAGCAGCCAAGAGAAGAUCGAGCAGGAGAAACAGGAGCGUGAGGAAAAGAUCCGUAGCCUCCAUGAAGCCAUGGCGAAGCAAGACGAAGCCAUCGCCGCCUUGAACAAAGAGAAGAAGCGCAACGAAGAAGAGAACCGUGCUAUGGCCGAGAACGUCCAAGCGGAGGAAGAGAAAAACAGUCAAUCCAACAGAAGCAAGGUCAAGAUCGAACGAAGCAUUGAAGACAUCGAAGACACUCUGGAGAGAGAACGUAGACAUCGCAUGGAUCUCGACAAGGGACGUAAGAAGGCCGAGAACGAGCUCGCUGCCACUGAAGAAACCAUUGAUGAACUCAGUCGUAGAAAGGCUGAGAUCCAACAUAAGCUACAAUCUACUGACGAAGAACUUCGCGACCUUAACCAGAAGUUGGACGAUGAACAAGGUUUGGUUGCUAGACUGAACCGCCAGCUGAAGGAACAAGCCGCCAAGAUCAUCGAGCUUGAAGAAGAACUUGAUUCCGAGCGUCACCACCGUGCCAAGAGUGACAAGAGCAAGGGCGCCAUCCAGAUGAUGUUGGAAGACAUCAACGACUCCCUCGACGACGAGAACGGCAAAACCACCGCCCAGAUUGAGUUGAACAAGAAGAAGGAAUUGGAGCUGAUCAGACUGCGACAAGAGCUCGAACAAGCCAACCAGACCCAUGAAGGUCAGCUGGCUUUGAUGAGGAAGAAGAACGCUGAUGACAUUGCCAACCUCAGCGAACGUCUCGAGAACAUGCAGAACUCCAAGGCCAAGUUGGACAAGGACAAAGAUGCCAUCAGACGUCAACUUGAUGACGUCACUUCGCAAGUCAACGAAGAAACCAAGAACAAAUCCGAACAAGAACGAUUGUCCAAGACCUACGAAGGACAAGUCGCUGAGCUUCAAAGCAGAUGUGAUGAACAACACAAACUCAUCCAGGUAACCACUUUUGUACAAUUAUCUUUGGUAGUAUGCCUGUAAAUUGUCAUGUUCAGAAAAAAAAUCGUAAAUGAACGUUCAAAAUUGAUUUUCAGGACUACACCGCCACCAGAUCACGACUUCAAGCCGAGAACUCUGACAUGGAACAACAAGUCGAAGACUACGAGAACCAGCUCACCUCUCUCAGCAAACGCAAGGCCCAAUGUUUAGCUCAACUUGAGGAUGCCAAACGUACAGUCGAUGAAGAACAUCAAGAACGCCAAGGUCUGAGCGGCACCGUGAAGAAUUUGGAGCACGAGAUCGAGCACAUCCACGAUUGUAUCGAAGAAGAAGCACAACAGAAAGAGGAACUGCUGAGACAACUGAGCAAAGCCAAGGCCGAAGCUCAGCAAUGGAAGGCCAAGUUUGAGGGAGAAGGGCUGAUCGCUGCCGAUGAGAUGGAGGAGGACAGACGCCGACGCGGUAACAAGAAGCUCGAGGUCCAAGACACUCUGCAAGACGUCAACAACAAAAUCAUCACCGUCGAGAAGGCCAAUUCUCGACUGGUAAGCGAAAGCUUUAGCGUGAAUUAAAGUAAAAUAAGCUAACUAAAAACUAAUUGGCUUAUAAUUAUAUUAUUAUUACUUUCCAGAUCCAAGAAGCCGAAGAUGCCCGAUCUGACAUGGAACGCAACCGUGCUCUAAUUGCACAGCUGGAGAAGAAACAGCUCUCGUUCGACAGAAUCAUCGAAGACUGGAGGCGCCAGUGCGACGAUCUUGCUCAAGAAACCGAACGUGCCCAACAAGAAGCCAGAAGGAACGCUGCUGACGUCUACAGUCUCACGACAGCUUCUACUUCCCUGACUGAACAAGUCGAUGAUCUCAAACGUGAAAACAAGAACCUGACCAACGAGAUCAAGGACCUCAACGAACAAAUCGGAUCCUCCAACCGACAAGCUCACGACGUCGGAAAGAAGGUCAGGUUAUACGAGAUGGAGAAGGAGGAGAUCCAACACAACCUGGAUGAAACCGAAAGUGCACUAGAAGUCGAGGAGAGCAAGGUCUUGAGGCUUCAGACCGAAGUGUCACAAAUCAGAGCAGAAAUCGACCGCAGAAUCCAGGAGAAAGAAGAAGACUUCGAGAACACACUCAAGAACCACCAACGAGCCAUGGAAUCCAUCCAAACCUCGCUCGAAACAGAAUCCAAGGGCAAGAACCAGCUACUGCAGGCCAAGAAGAAGCUCGAGACUGACAUUCACGAACGCGAACUGGCUCUAGAUGUGGCCAACAAACAGAACGUCGAAGCCCAGAAGAGUCUAAAGAGGCUCAUCUCUCAGAUCCAAGAACUUCAAGCUCAGCUCGAAGAAGAACAACGACAGCGUGAAGAGUUCAGAGAGAACUUCUUGAUCGCCGAGAAGAAACUCCAGACCGUGCUCACAGAGAAAGACGAGCAGGCCAUCCACAAGAAGGCUUUGGAACAACAGAAGGCCAAGUUGGAUGCCGAUGUCAAUGAACAACGCAGCAUCAAGUCUGAAGCUCAGAACGAGAAUCUCCAAUUGGCCGCUGCCAAGCGUCAAGCUGAAAACGAAAUUCAAAUCGUCAAGGUAAAUAAAAAAUUUUGAAAAAUAUUUGUUUAUAAAAUAAGUCAUCCAUUUGACAUAUUUUUUAUACGUUUACGAAGUGUCACAACCGGUAAUUGGUUUUGCGAAAAAAUUUUCUGUUUUUUUCGGUAAAACAAUAUUGAACUUGUCAAAACAGCUUUGCAAAACAUAACUAUGUUAAGAUUUACGUUACAGUUACAUUAUUAAUAUUUUUUCUUUAUUAUACAUUAUUUGAUUCCAGAGCGAGCUCGACAAGGCCAUCUCCGACUUGAAACACACUGAAGAGAGCUUUAAGAAGGUUAACGGCGAUGUGACCAGGUUGACAGAGGAACUGCGGCAAGAACAAGCUCAUUACGAACAUCUGGACAGACUUCGCAAAGGCCUCGAACUUCAAAUUAAGGUAAUAAAUAGCACAUUUCUGCCAUUAUUUAUGACAAAACAAGUCCAGACGGUUUGAUAAGCCUUGACAUGAACAGGCAAAGGUACACAACACAUGUCGCAUUAAAGCCCGAAGUCUGGUAUUAACGUGAAAACGGUUUGGAAAUAACAAAAAACUUAAAAAUAGGGAACUUGAAACCAAUAAUAUUUUUAAAAAUAUUUUGAGUUAAUUUUGAAAUACUUGAAAACAUAAGGACAUGUCUACAUUGUGUAAUAUUAUACUAUGUUUUGUAAUUUUAGGAACUCCAAGCCAAGUUGGAAGAAGCUGAACAAGGAGCUCUCAGAGUUAGUCAGCGAACCAUCGAGAAGCUUGAACAGAAUGUCAGAAUGCGUGAACGAGAACUGGAUUCUGAACAGAAGAGACACAAAGAGGUUCAGAAGCAAUUGGCUAAGUACGACCGUGAUGUGAGAGAACGCAAGUUCGAGUUGGAGGAACAGAAGAAGACCGCCGGAAAGAUGCAGGAACUCAUCGAGAAACUCCAAUCCAAGAUCAAGACUCACAAGAAGCAGUUGGAGGAGGCUGUAAGUGCUUUCUCCUUAUGUUAUUGCUUUAAUUUUUAUUGGUUUAUGUUCAUGGAACCCAUAUUGCGGUCAUGACAAUUAUUUUUGACAUUAUAGUCUUACGAUUUGUCACAGUAGUAAUGAUAAACAGAUGUGUAUAGCAAUGUAUUACGGUUGUUUUAGGAAGAAGUUGCCGGCAUGAAUCUGCAAAAGUACCGUCAGAUCCAGAUUGCUUUAGAUCACGCCGAAGAACGUGCUGACGAAGCCGAGAACAGUCUUGUCAGAAUCAAGACGAAGUUCCGUGGACGUCCAGGGCUGACGCCAUCGGCUACACAACCGAUCAAUGGUGGAGAUGGAGCUGGAGGUGUGCGUCGAUCAGCCACUCAAGGCCAAUUCUAA